AUGGCAAAACUCACUGAUGAUGCCGACUACGAUGCCGGCGAAACGUUUGAGAAUGUAUCAAGUCCACAGUCAGAUGCUAGGAAUCAAGACAACUACUAUGGCAGACGACUUCGGACUCGGUGCGUUCUACAUAGUCUUCUUGGAUGCUGCAAAUUGCCGACUACGAUGCCGGCGAAACGUUUGAGAAUGUAUCAAGUCCACUGUCAGAUGCUGGGAAUCAAGACGAUGAUGCCGACUACGAGGCCGGCGAAACGUCUGAGAAUGUAUCAAGUCCACGGUCAGAUGCUAUGUGCCGACUACGAUGCCGGCGAAACGUUUGAGAAUGUAUCAAGUCCACUGUCAGAUGCUGGGAAUCAAGACGAUGAUGCCGACUACGAGGCCGGCGAAACGUCUGAGAAUGUAUCAAGUCCACGGUCAGAUGCUAGCUACUAUGGCAGACGACUUCGGACUAGGUGCGUUCUACAUGGUCUCCCUGAAAACAAGAACAACCCACUUCUGCCCGUUUAG